AAUCCUGUUCGGCCACGCACGAGGCCGAAGUGAUCAAUGUAACAUUCUCCCAAACUGCUGCGCGCUGGAUAAGCUCCGACGCAAACUGCGCAUCUUAGACUCACCCCUGAGCAGAUACCUCUCCCCCACUGCUUCAGCUCCUUUUUUCACCCUCUCUUCCACACCAGCAUCAGAUUCUCCAACUCUUUCGCUCCAUUCUCAUCCCCACAACUUUCUUAAUCUUUCAUUUCCUAACUAAAAUUUGAACUAGUUUUCCUCGCAUUAUUCUCUUUUUUAAUUUUACCUCUUCGAAGAAUCACUUUGCGGCUCUUUUGUUUCCUCAGAAACCCUAAAUAUUUGAUCCAAAUUCAUGAUAAAUUUUUUCUCUAUCAAUUCAGUGCUUCAGUUUCUGUACUUGGGAACCCUAAUCGCACAUGAUCUUCCUUAAUCUCAUUAGCGGUCUUUUGCGCUGCCAGUUUUUGCAUAUGAAGACUUUUAGUGACAGUGUUGGAGUUUAGGGCUCGUUAAGAUCGUCGAGAUGCUUCCAUGGGGUGGACUGAGCUGCUGCUUGAGCGCAGCUGCUCUUUAUCUUCUCGGGCGAAGCAGUGGGAGGGAUGCGGAGAUUCUCAAGUCGGUUAUACGAGUUAAUCAAUUGAAGGAUUUGGCACAAUUACUGGAUACUGCGUGCAAAGUGUUACCUUUAGUUGUUACAAUUUCUGGAAGAGUUGGGUCUGAGACACCAAUCGACUGUGAGCAUAGUGGUUUACGAGGUGUAAUAGUGGAGGAAACGGCAGAACAGCAUUUCUUGAAACACAAUGAUGCUGGAUCGUGGAUACAAGAUUCUGCUUUGAUGUUGUCCAUGAGUAAGGAGGUUCCGUGGUACCUGGAUGAUGGGACUGGUCGUGUAUAUGUGGUUGGAGCUCGAGGUGCCACGGGUUUGGCAUUAACAGUGGGAAGUGAAGUGUUUGAGGAGUCAGGGCGAUCCCUUGUACGAGGAACACUGGACUAUCUCCAAGGUCUCAAGAUGCUUGGAGUCAAGCGAAUUGAGCGGGUUCUUCCAACUGGUACAUCCUUGACUGUUGUUGGGGAGGCUGUUAAAGAUGACAUUGGAACAUUACAUAUUCAGCGACCACACCGAGGUCCAUUUUAUGUGUCUCCCAAAAGUAUUGACCAGCUCAUUGCAAAUCUCGGGAAGUGGGCAAGGUGGUAUAAGUAUGCAUCGCUGGGAUUUACUGUAUUUGGAUUUUAUCUGAUUGCUAAGCAUGCCAUCCAAAAUAUCAUGGAAAGGAGACGUCGGUGGGAACUGCGUAAAAGGGUUCUUGCAGCUGCAAGCAAAAGAUCAGGGCAAGAUAAUGAAGAUCCAAAUGGAAAAGCUGAAAAUGAUUCAGAUAGUGCUAAAAAAGAUCGACCAAUGCCAGAUCUCUGUGUGAUAUGCCUAGAGCAGGAAUAUAAUGCAGUUUUUCUCCAGUGUGGUCAUAUGUGCUGUUGCAUGGUGUGCUCAUCGCAUUUGACCAACUGUCCACUGUGCCGGCGGCGAAUUGAACAGGUAGUGAGGACUUUCCGCCAUUGAAGCUGUCUGUAGAGGUGUGGCAGUGAUAAAAGAGGGGAAUACUAGAGGAGGAUUGCACUCCUCAUGUUUUGCUUAAUGUCAAGGCUAAGAUAAACCUUUAUUACGUGGCAUCUUAUCCUCCUCCUCAGCCAAUAUCCUACAGCUGCUGCCUACUAGGUUUUUAGUUUUUUGGAUCUUUUCCUGUUUCUUGAAAUUGUUCCAUUACGAUGGCCUGUUGAUUCAUUCACAGAGAAAUUUCUUUUGGGUUUUACUUUUCCAAAUUGUAAAUGACACAACCGGGCAUGUUGUAAAUUGAUGUGAUAUAUGGAAAAAAUUUUCAUGCUA